AUGAUAAGAAUUGCCAAACCUAUUCGAUCAAUCAACAGUUGUAUCGCUCCAGCUUAUAGAAUCAGAGCAGCCAAUGUUACCGGCUUAAGGUAUCAAUCUAUAAAUUUUCACAAAUUUGAUCAAGCAGGUUCAUUCGAUGCUGCUGAUGCUGCCGAUGCUACAUCAACUAUAUUAGCUGAUCAGAACGAUAAAAAAUUGCCCAAUAAAGUUACCUGGAUUGAAGCAUUGACAGAAAGAGAGAAACAAUUGAAAGAAGGUAAUGUUUUAGACAGUUAUUCUUAUAGAAGUACAGUUACCAGCGAUAUUAUUGAUAAACCAAGAGAAGAUAGUUUCACUUAUUUAGUAUUACCUUUCAAAGAUGAUAAAUGGUUAUGUGAUAGUUACAUCAAUGCUUUAGGUAGAUUAAGAUUUGGAUCUUUAAUGCAAGAUUUAGAUGCCUUAGCUGGAAGAAUUGCUUAUAGACAUUGUUCACCAUCAGAACCUGUCAAUGUAACAGCAUCAGUUGAUAAUAUUGUGAAUGUUAAGAAGAUUGAAGAAAUUUCAAAAUUCAAUUUCGUUCUUGCUGGAUCAGUUACAUGGACUGGUAGAUCAUCAAUGGAAAUAACUGUUAGAGGUUAUGCAUUUGAAGAAGAUGUUCCUAAUGAAAUAACGGAAAAUUCUUUACCUCAUGAUAAUAUCUUUUUAAGUGCUAAUUUCACAUUUGUUGCUAGAAAUCCAAAAACUCAUAAAUCUUUUGCUAUCAAUAGAUUAUUACCAAUUACUGAAAAUCAAUGGUUAGAUUAUAGAAGAGCUGAAUCAAGAAAUAACUUAAAGAAAUUAGCAGCUAAAAAUUCCACCAUGUUAGAACCAACUGCUGAAGAAACCAAGUUAAUUCAUCAAUUAUGGAAAUCAUCCAAAAACUUUGAUAUCAAUAAUACCAAAUAUAAGAAUGUUAGAUUUAUGAAAGAUACUUCCAUGACAUCGACAUUAUUUAUGCAACCCCAAUACAGAAAUAGACAUAGUUAUAUGAUUUUUGGAGGUUAUUUGUUAAGACAAACAUUUGAAUUGGCAUAUUGUGCAUCAGCAGAAUUCUCAUCUGCUGGUCCAAGAUUCGUAUCUUUAGAUGGUACUAAUUUCAAACAACCAGUACCAAUUGGAUCAAUUUUAACCAUGAAAUCGACUGUGGUUUAUACUGAACAUAUUCAUGAACAAGCUAGUGAUAUUGAUAAUGAUUCACCUUUCACUUUCAAAUUACCUGCCAAAAACAAGUUAAAUUCCGAUCCAGAAACUUUCUUAUCUGAACCAGGUACUUUAAUCCAAGUUAAAGUUGACACAACCAUCAAAAUGAUUGAUAGUGGAGAUAGCAAGGAAAGUGGAUCAUUUGUUUAUUCAUUCUUCGUUCCAAAGAAUAGUCAUGGUGAAAAUAAUCCCGGAUAUUGUUCAGUCAUACCUCAAACUUAUGGUGAAAUGAUGGAAUAUAUGGAAGGAAGAAGAAGAGCUGCCGCUACGGCUAAUUAUGUUGAUCAAUUACCUGGUCAUAAAGAGUAG